GAAUUGUUUCAAUUAUGACUCUCACUGUUCUUGCCUAUGAACGCUAUAUUCGAGUAGUCCAUGCAAAAGUGAUUGACUUCUCUUGGUCUUGGCGGGCUAUCACAUACAUCUGGCUCUAUUCGUUAGCCUGGACUGGAGCACCUCUUUUGGGCUGGAACAGAUAUACACUGGAAAUUCAUGGAUUAGGUUGCUCAGUGGACUGGAAGUCGAAAGAUCCCAAUGAUACCUCCUUUGUGCUCCUUUUUUUCCUUAGCUGUCUAGUAGCACCUGUUGGGAUCAUGGCCUAUUGCUAUGGCCAUAUUCUCUAUGCAGUACGAAUGCUUCACUGUGUGGAAGACUUCCAGACUGUUCAAACAAUCAAACUUCUAAAAUACGAAAAGAAGGUGGCUAAAAUGUGUUUCUUAAUGAUCUCCACAUUCCUUAUUUGUUGGAUGCCCUAUGCAGUGGUCUCCCUCCUGGUAACAUAUGGCUAUAGCAACCUUGUAACUCCAACAGUAGCUAUCAUCCCAUUUUUCUUUGCCAAGUCAAGCACUGCUUAUAAUCCGGUCAUCUAUAUUUUCAUGAGCAGAAAGUUUCGACGAUGCCUUUUGCAACUCCUAUGCUUUCGCCUGAUGAGAUUCCAGAGGAGCAUGAAAGAGACACCAACAACAGGGAAUGACAAACCAAUACGACCAAUAGUUAUGUCUCAGAAAGCACGGGACAGGCCAAAGAAGAAAGUGACUUUCAGUUCUUCCUCUAUCAUUUUUAUUAUCACCAGUGAUGACGCUCAGCAAAUAGAUGACAACACUAAACACAAUGGGACAAAAGUAAAUGUCAUCCAAGUAAAGCCACUAUAG